UUGACACCGUCACCCCCCCUCCCCCCUCCCCACCGAAUGAGCGCGGCAGCACGCGAAGGCGAGGUCUCAUCUCUCGCGAGGAACGGCGCCGUUAUCGAAAUCUCUACAAACAACACGAGAAUUCAUCAUUCACACGCUGUGAACAAUGUCGCAGCAGGAUUUGGAAGAAAUUGUGCAAAUAACAGUGGAGGACUUUAAUCAGGAGGACCGUACAGACUUGCUGGACAAUCAUGAAAAUGAUGAAGAAAGGCCUCAGAGGAAAAAGAGGAAAUUAAGCAACAGUCAAGAGAACAACAUUAACAACAACCAAGACAUAUCUUUUAUUAAGAACCUUUUUGUUUCAUUCACUGCAUCAAUCAGCCAGCGACUGGAGGGAAUUGAGUCAAAGUUACAGGCUCUUGAUGCCACAUGCAAAGCCCUUGGACGCAAACUGGACAGCAUGGUGCCCUGUGCCAAGAGUCCUAUUCAGGUUCCUAUGGUUGCAGGGUCACCUCAGGGCGCCACUCAAACUUGGAACAAAGUGCGAUGUGUCGUUCCACAAACAAAUGUGAUUGUGAGCAGUGAAAACCCAAAGGGCCCUUGCCAAGAGGACAUGCCGCUGGAGAACCUGCUCAGCAAUACUGUGACCAGGCGCCGGCAGAACACGAUCCUGGUCAAGGUGCCGGGCCCCGAGGAGAGUCAGGAAGAGCAGGAUAGUGGUUCUGAGGCCAGUGACUCUGUGUCCAACAGUGGCAAUUCCAGCAACGCACAAAAUGGCCAAAAUGUCACACUGAUCACACUCAAUUCAGAAGAUGAUUAUCCAGAGGGCACCUGGUUGGGCGACGAGAACAAUGCAGAGAUGCGAGUCCGUUGUCCAGUGUCCCCGGCUGACAUGCUCCAUGUCAGCUCCAACUGCCGCACUGCAGAGAAAAUGGCUCUGACCCUGUUGGACUAUCUGUUCCAUCGGGAGGUCCAGGCCAUGUCAAACCUCUCUGGGCAGGGCAAACACGGCAAGAAGCAGCUGGACCCGCUCAUGAUCUAUGGCAUUCGCUGUCACUUGUUCCACAAAUUUGGCAUCAGUGAGUCAGACUGGUACCGCAUCAAGCAAAGCAUUGACUCAAAGUGUCGCACUGCCUGGAGACGCAAGCAGCGCGGCCAGAGUCUGGCUGUCAAGAGCUUCUCCAAACGCACGCCUCGCGGCUCAGGCACAGAGGGAGGCAUUGCAGAAGAAACCGCCCACAUCGAGGCUGCCACCCAGCAAACCUUGCACUACACGCUGGCCAAUCAGCAGGUCCAGUUCCACCGUAUCGGCGAGGAUGGACAAGUUCAGGUGAUUCCACAGGGUCAGUUGCACAUUGCCCAGGUGCCACAAGGAGAGGAGGUGCAGAUCACACAGGACAGCGAGGGAAACCUCCAGAUCCACCAGGUGCAUGUUGGACAGGAUGGACAGGUCCUGCGUGGAGCUCAGCUGAUAGCGGUGGCAUCGGCUGAUGGAGGGGCCACAGCAGUCGAGGGCUCCCCUCUUCCACCUGACAUCCAAGUGCAGUAUGUCCAACUAGCCCCCGUCGCAGAUCACACAGCUGCCGUACAGGCUGCUGAGCUGACUCCAGCCCUGCAGGCGGACAUGGAGGUCAAGGAGGCCAUCCAGGGGGCCAUCCAGGGAGAGAAUGGCGAGGUGGUCCAGAUCGUCACCUCUGUGGCCACCUGAGAGCCCACGUCUGGUUCGACACAGCCUAGAACUCUUGUCCUGUUGCACGGCCGAAGAAGCUGAAUGGAACAUCAGAAGUCGACAGUCUGUUUAACAAACACUGACGGUCAAUGAUGGAAUCGAGUGAAGAUGAAUCUUUUUCAGGUUUUUUUCUUUUGUUUUGUUUUCCCCCUGUAAACUGCUCAAUCGUUGCCAACCAGAUGUGGCAAUGUGAAAAUGUUCACUGAGAACUCGAAAAGACCAUGAUGCUCCAAAAACACUCAAGCCGUGCUCUUUUCAUCACCAGAAGGAACCGGGCCAUGGCAGAAUACACAGUGGGAUUAUUGUCUAUCCAGGGAGUUAUGCUGCGUAUGCAGACCAUCACCCUACCACUUCAUCAGCGCACUUGUUUGUUUACAUCAACAUUGGAAAAUAGCGGCGUUAUUUGGAGUUAAAAUUCUUGGCUAACGCCGAAACCCCUGUGAGGGUUUGUAGAACCUCUGAAGCCCACGUCAAACAGAGGCAGCCCCGUGCUCCUUCUCCCGUCCUCGUCUUGUCACGGUUGGAAAGCAGAUUUAGCUGAGGACAGCUACUCUUGGUUGUGAUUCACUCGGUUUCCCGUCACUCUCCAUGAAUUAGCCCAUACUGUGUCUCCCGGCUGUGAGCGCUUCCUUCCUUUGUUCAGCUUGUUUUCAUAUUACUUCAGCCACACAGCUUUGUUUGAUUUACCUAAUUGUAUUAUGCUGUAAUUUUUGGGGAGCUUUAAUUUCAGAGGUAGAAGACCAUGAAAAAGAAGAGAUGGUGCCAGCGGUUGACACUACAAGUCACUUGUCGAAUACCAAGAAAACCCUGAAGUUGUUUAUCCCCCCCACCAGUUCUGUCUCUGUGAAAGAUAGAUUCAAGUGAAUAAAUCAUGUUUGUGGUAGCCAUGAAA